GUUAAAAUAGGGAAUUUAGUUGAAGAGUACCUUUGCCGGCUGACGGAAGAUACUUCUUUUAGUUUUCAAAACACGUGGAGGUUGUGCCCUUAGUGAGGAGUGUGGUGUGCAGUGUUUUUGUUUUGCAUUGUUAAAGUGAACGGCUCUUGGAUUUUCUAUAUACAUUAUGGGCACGGAUCUCCACGGCACUCUGGAUAUUUAUUGAAACACAUGGUGAGCGGACGGCCUCCCUGAAGAGAUGAGCGGGUCAUGCGCGCCGGCCUGUGCACGGUGAGCGCCCCUCUGGCCGCGUGCAGCCCGGCAGCAGCGCUUCCCCCGUCGGCCCGCUUUCUGGCGCUCCACCUGCUGCACCAACAGACCCUCUACUUCAUAGUGCAGGCCAAGUCCAGGGUCAGGGAGCUCUACCACCAGACAUGCCGCCAUUUCGCCCAGCAGGGCAUGCUGGACACCGACCUCUUCGGACUGGCACUCAUAUGCGAUGGUGAAUACCUCUUUGCUGAGCCAGACAACAAGCUUUCCAAGUAUGCUCCAAAGAGUUGGCGUUCCUCCCACAGUCAUGGGCUCGACGCUAACGGACGUCCGGCCCUCGCCUUCUACUUUCGAGUCCAAUUCUACGUGGACAGCCCUUUGCUCUUGCGAGACGAGACCACGAGACAUCAUUACUACCUCCAAUUGCGCCUCAACGCGGCCUCUGGAGCAGCCGGGGAACAUGCCACACAUUUGGCGGGCCUCUCUUUGCAGGCCGAUUUGGGAGAUCACAAUGAGAACACGACUUUUAGACCAGAAGACUAUUUGCCACCAAACAUGCGAGGACCAGCAGCGUUACGAAUUAUGGAAGCUGCACACAGGACACACAGAGGACUAUCGAAGAAUGAAGCUCGAGCGCGCUUCAUAGCAGAGGCUUGUCAGCUGCAAGAACCUGUCAAUGCCCAUAUUUUUAGAUUAAAGGCCUCAAAGUCAGAACCAGCGCCUGGUUCACUACUACUGGCAGUAUGCCCCAGAGGAUUGAAGGUAUGUCCGGAAAAUAACCCGCCAUCGAUAUUUCUAUGGAGCAGUAUAGGAAAAUUAAGCUUCGAACGAAAAAAGUUCGAGAUACGAACUGGUCAUGAGAAACUUACUUUGUAUACUAGUAGCGACGAAAAGAGUAGAUUGCUUCUAGCACUGUGCAAAGCUGCACAUCAGUUUAGUAUGGCUGUGGCUCCACGACUCAGCGAAGUGAGGCGUGAAGAAGAAGAAAGGCAACGAUGGGAUUGCGAUCAGCGUGUAUCUGUUAUCAGUUCAACAUCAUCAAACACCACAUCUGGGAUCGUCAGUGAUCGAGUCCAUUCCGAAGAUGAACUUGAAAUUAUGAUUACCAGUCCACCGGCACCGUCUACAGAAAGUUUGGCUCUAGCACACCUGCUGGACAGUGCGCCUGCUAGUAGUCGAACUUCUGCUGCAUCAGCUACUGCCGCUUUAGCAUCUCUCACACUCAAGGAAGAAGAGGAAGAAAUAAAUAAACCUACUUUGAGUGAGAGCUCGACGAAAACGGCGAGUGGCAAAUGUGCUGGAUCACAGUGUAGCUCUUCGUGCAGCACUGUAGUAGUUACACCAGUACAAACCAAACCAAAAGGGCGUCGGUCUUCUACUACCAGUAGUUUGGAACUGGGAUACUCACAUACAGCUCAAAAUUCAUCAGUUAGUGACGCUACCUGUAUAGAGUUAGAUACAAGAGAACCAGUUUAUACAUCUGGUCCAGCGCCAAGCAGCCAUACCAGUGGAGUGUAUACUCUAACUUCCAGUGAACAGUAUACACUAAGUUCUAGCGACAAUUAUACUGUUCCAAGUGAACAAUAUAGCACACCUAGUGAACAGUACUCUACACCAGGAGAUCAUGUGGAUGGACUCUUCAGGGAUCGAGCAAACUCAAACGUAAGCAAUUCUGGGUCAUUUCAUGGAGAUGGAAGUGAUCCAACAGAUAAUAAACAGGCUUUAUUAACGGCAGAAGAAUUAUCUGAUUUAAUUGUUGGCCGUUACCCAUCUUGUAAGAGUGUUAGUCACACAUUAGAUUCGGAUUCGGAUUAUGUUACUUUACCAUCAUCUUAUCAAGGAUACAUUCCAGUUCCUCCCAAAAGAAUAGACAGUGUGGAACAAAGGUUUAGGCCGCCUCCACCACCUUAUGGCGCACAACUGAAUAAAACUAUUAUAACAGAAACAGUUUGUCCAGACUAUGAUGACACAAGUUGUGUAUCUGAUACAUCAGCGAGGCACCCACCUCCUUAUCCAGAAAAUCCAACACCUGUACCUCCACCUGUUUAUCCAUUUGAGGAAGCAGCAGCUAGAUUUAUUACAACAAGAUCACCAAGUGUAUUAACAGCUCAUGCUAGUGCUGUUAGUGUUAGUUCCUCACCGAGUUAUUCAAUACCAAGCUCAGUGCCUCCUAUUCCUCCAAAAAUACCACGACCACCGCCACCUGUUACUAACACAGUUAUUUCUCCUAACAAUUAUUUGGAUGUUGCAGCCAGUAAAGCAAGUGUUUUAGUUCCUUGUACAUUCCUGCCUCCUCCACCACCUGCACCAAGGCAACCUCCACCUCCGCCACCACCAGCUCUUGCAACUGUUUACACCAGUCAACUGUCCAGGUCGCAAAUUGAGCAGUACCAACAGCAAAUGUACAGUGAUGUAGAUUUUGUGGUGUUCCCUUUGAAGGAACCAGCAAUUAGUAAACAGGAGUAUCUGGAGGCUAAACAAGGUUCCUUAUUGGCAGCACUGGCACAUCAGCCUGUAUUUUAUCGUAGCACUCCGUAUUUGGGACGGUAUGCUUCUAGCCAAAAUCUUUCCGAUACCUACGUCCAGCUGCCUGUAUAUGGAGCACCUAGUAUAGCAUCUUCAGGGAGUUUGGAUCCACCUCCUCCUCCUUUGCCACCUAGCCGCCCGACGAGGGUUAUGCGUACUAGGUCUGACGAUAAUAUUUUAAAUUCCUUAGAAGCACCACAGCCUCCUAAAUUUAGGCGAUUGCCUCCACCACCUCCACCGCCGAUUCCGGAAAAAUAUCCAACAAUUUUGGAAAAUCCCAAUACUAGUGCAUUACUAGUGGACUCAAAAGUGAAAUGUGUUAGUAGUGAAAAACUGUUAAAUGAGACUAAUGAGAGAGUGUCAGCUCUUGACAUCCGUACUCUUAGGGAGAAGAGCAAGAAAAUGGACUUGCCAUUAAUAUCCGCAUUGUGCAAUGAUAGAUCGCUUAUAAAGCAGACAAAAGCUUUUGUUAUGCCUAAGCAUCCCGGGGAAGUGAUGCCCCGACAAUCGUUAAGUACUACGCGUGCAAAAUAUCCAGUAUCAGGGUUGAGUAGUACCAGAAUUAAUAAACCAACGAGAAAAAUACCUUCCAUCAGCCAUCGACAUCCUGGUGAUAAAUUACCUGAAAUUCCGAGGGCGACUCCUAAUAAUUACGUUUUAACUGAUCCAGGAAUUAAACAUAAGACUAUGCAAUCACAUUCAUGAAUGCGGGCCUCAAAGACUACAUUCCAGUGCUAGAGUAGAUUAGAAAUCAUUUUGUUAUACUCAGGGUGCCAUCAUUGCAAUAUGUUAAAUUUAGGGAGGAACCGACAUUAUGGCCAAAACUUGAAUUUCAAUUUAAAUGCUCUCAUUCCAUGGCCAUGAUGUCAGGGCCUCAGCCAUCCCUGUAUGUACAUAAAUAUUAUUUGUAUACCAGAAGUAAGAUUACAGUAUCUUUAAUUAGCAAUAAUGUAUACACUUGCUCAACUUUUACAUUAAUUAAAAUACUGAUAUUUUUAAUAUUGUUCCAUGUCCUUAUUUAUUUUCUGACUCGAAAUUAUAAAAAAGCUUCAAGUGUAUGGUGCUGCCAUCAUUUUUAAAAAAUAAAU